UUUAAUCAGACUAAAGAAAAUGAAGUGAAAACAUCUAUCUGUGUUUUCUGGAAAACUGAUGACAAAAACAAAAGCUAUUGGUCUACAGACGGAUGUGAGCUUUCUAAACAAGGCAAUAACGAAACGCAAGUAACAUGUGAAUGUAACCAUUUAAGUUCUUUUGCUGUCCUGCUGGCACAUAUUGAUAUAGAUGACAAGCCACUAACCAUAAUUUCAUUCAUUGGACUUACCUUCUCAGUCAUCUGCUUGAUUCUUUCCAUCAUGACAUUUCGACUGUGCCAUUCUAUUCAAAAUGCAAGUACAACACUUCUCCUCAACCUUUGUAUCUGCCUGCUUAUAGCAGAUGGUAUUUUCCUUUUCGGCAUCUCCCAGACCAAAUAUAAGAUCCUCUGUAAAGUUAUCUCAGCUUUUCUGCACUAUUCCCUCUUGGCCUCCUUCUCUUGGAUGUGUUUGGGUGCAUUGCAGCUCCAUCUUAUGGUACAAAACCUUAAGGCAGUCAAAGCCUUCCGAACCCAUGUGAUUCGAAGGAGAUAUAUGUAUCCUGUAGGCUAUGGGAUACCGGCUAUAAUUGUUGUGAUUUCUGCAGCAGUAUUUCCUCAUGGAUAUGGAACAAACAGAGGAUGCUGGCUGAGUCUGGACAGAUACUUUCUAUGGAGUUUCAUAGGACCUGUAUGUUUUGUAAUCCUGGUGAACAUGAUUCUAUUUACCAUAACAAUUCACAUACUGAGAAAGAAAUUUUCAACACUCAACAAAGAUGUUUCAACCAUCAAGAAUACAAAGUAG